UUAUUUGUAAUUUUUGCAAUAGUAAUAUCGGUAUAGUUAGUAAUGAUAUUAGCUGAAACUUUGUUGUUUUCUUUGUCAUUGGUCGAUUGUGGUGCUAUUUUGUUUUUGUUAGUUUAUUUUAUCAUCACAUUAUCAGAUUUAGAAUGUGACUAUCUAAAUGCACAAGAAUGUUGUGACAAGCUUAAUUAUUGGCUGUUGCCAAAAUACAUAGGGCAUUCUUUCCUUACAUUUUUGCUUUUGUUACAUGGACAAGUAAUUUUAUUUUUGUUAAAUUUGCCAAUGUUUAUUUGGCUAUCUUUCGAAUAUUUUACAAUACCGCAAGGAAAUCUUGGGGCUUAUGAUCCUGCGGAAAUUCACAACCGUGGCCAAUUAAAAAAACAUAUGAGAGAUGUUAUGAUUUAUAUUGGGUACUAUUUGAUUUUUUUCUUUAUCUAUCUUUAUUGUUUUAUAUUGGCUCUACUAAAAGGCGAUCCAAUUAGGCGUGGAAGUGAAGAUUUAAUUGUAACAGAAAUUUAA